AUGCAACAAUUUUCACGAAAAGAAAACUUUCUUAUUGCCAAUACCCUCAACUGUGUACCAUUUUUGCUGCAAGGUCAUUCUAUCCUCAUAGAUCUUCGUAAUGAAUGUUCCGUUGCCGGUUGUAUUGAUAAUGCUGAUGGUCAUAUGAAUAUUCAUUUAACAAAUGCCGUGUUUAUUAAUCGUAUGGGUCAGCAGGUUGCAUUCGAUCAAUUUAUGGUACAUGAGCGGAUGAUUAGGCAAAUACAUUUACCGUCGGACGUGGAUAUGUCCAGUGAUAUACGGACGUGGUGUGAUAAAGGGUGUCUUAAAAGGCCAUUGCGUUCAAAUGCUGGCGUUAGGGGCCAGAAGAGAACGUUUAAGCAGAAGCGAGCACAGGAACGGCAUAAGGAAAUUCUACAGGAAUUGGAAAAGAAGCGCACGGAGGAGAAAUAA